AUGGGCAACCGUUUCCACACAGCGCAUGGCCGUCGCGGCGUCGACGCCGUGCAUUGCACCAAGAAGAGCGCGGUCCCGGUGGAGGAGGAGAUGGAGAAGGCUACUCCACCGGUGAAGGAGGUGAAGAUCAGGAUCACGAGGAAGCAGCUGGAGGACCUGCUGCGGCGCCUCGACCUGGAGGACGGCUGCAGCGGCGCCGUCAUCUCGGAGCUCCUCUGCAUGACGAGCGGCUCCAAUUUCCGGCACAGGGGGCAGACCGCUCACUGGACGCCGGCGCUGCAGAGCAUACCGGAGUGA